GCCUGCCCGCAUGGCGGCGAUGGCGGGCGGCGUGUCCGGAAGGACGGACCCGUUCCCCGGGCCGGCGCCGGUGCCGCGUCCCAAAGUGAAGCGGUUCCUGCGGGGAUCGGAGGAGAAAGCGCCCCGCGCCGCCGCCCCCCGGCUCCGCUGGCACCUGAGGGAUUUGGGAGCUCGGGAAAAUUCAGCGGCCGAGAAAGCGGCGAGAUGGGAGAAGCUGCUGCCUGAGGAGCCGGGGUUCCUGGAGCCGGAUCCAGGCCAGGACAGCUCCAGGAUCUCCCAGCAGGAAAUCGCCGACGCCGUCGACAUCGGCAGCGCCUGCAAGCGCUUCGAUCUGCGCCUGGAGCAGUUCGGGCCCUACAGGCUGGAUUACACCAGGAACGGCAGGCACCUGUUACUGGGAGGGCUCCGUGGCCACGUGGCCGCCCUGGACUGGGCCCAGCGGCGCCUCCUGAGCGAGUUCAGCACCAUGGAACCGGUCAGGGACCUGUGCUGGCUGCACUGUGAGUCCCUGCUGGCCGUUGCCCAGCGCCGCUGGCUCCACGUUUACGAUUCCCAGGGGCUGGAGCUGCACGUCCUGCGCGGCCUGGCCGGGAUCCUGCGCCUGCAGUUCCUGCCCUUCCACUUCCUGCUGGCGGCUGUGAGCGAGCUGGGGCUGCUGCAUUUCCUGGACGUGUCCGUGGGGCGCGAGGUGGCGGCGCUGAGAACGCGCAGCGGGAGAGCGGCGGCCAUGGCCCAGAACCCGGCCAGCGGCGUCGUGGCGCUGGGACACAGCAACGGCACGGUGUCCCUGUGGGCUCCCAGCGUGGCCGAGCCCCUGGCGCGGAUCCUGGCGCACAGCGGAGCCGUGAGAGCGACGGCCAUCGAUGGCAGCGGGAGCCUCCUGGCCACGGCGGGGCUGGAUCGCCAGAUUCGCGUCUUUGACCUGCGGAGCCUCGGGGAGCUGCAGAGCUGGGGGGUCCCUGUGGGGGCCUCGGAGCUCGGCUUCAGCCAGAGGGGGCUCCUGGCAGCGGCUGCUGGCGACCUGGUGCAGAUUUACCCCAGACUCUCCCCGGGUUCCCCCCCGCGGCCGUUCCUGCAGCACCGAGCCCCCAAACCCCCCCAGGGGCUCCAGUUCUGCCCCUUUGAGGACGUGCUGGGGGUUGGGCAUGGAUUGGGAUUCAGCAGCAUCCUCGUGCCAGGGGCGGGGGAGCCCAAUCUGCAGAUCCCCUGGGAGCUGCUGACCCCGGACCCCUCCCUCCUGUCCCGCGUGGACUCGGCCGGGCUGGAGCAGAAGCAGCAGGAGAGGAUCCAGCGCCUGGGCUUUGACCCCAACUCCAAACCCAAAUUCCGUCCCCGGCGGCGCCGCAAGGGCCGGGAGCUCGAGCACCGACGGCGCCAAGUGCAGAACGAGCAGCAGAGGGCCCGAAUCCGGAAGAGUUUGGAGGAAAAGGAGAAAAAGGAG